CAGACCAGAGAGGGUUUAAGGCCAGCUAUGUUUACAUCCUACCCCGAGCAGCGUGCCAUUACUUCAGGUCUGCAGCAAGCGAGUCAGGACCUGACAAAUAACGGGACCACCGUGAACACCUCUUCUUUCUGAGCGUCUUUGUCCGGUUUGAGGGACAUGUGGGUCAAUUCCGGAACCGUCGGAAGGUAGGGACCCUCCUGCAGCAGUACUGGGUCACAUCCCCCCCGAUGCAAUUCUCUUUGUGCACAAAGCAAUCCGCACACUGCUGGGCCCUCUCCAUGGAUAUAGACACAGACUAUGAGCGGCCCAAUGUGGAAACCAUUAAAUGUGUGGUGGUAGGGGAUAAUGCAGUAGGCAAGACCAGGCUAAUCUGUGCCCGGGCCUGCAAUGCCACCCUCACACAGUAUCAGCUGCUUGCCACCCACGUGCCAACCGUCUGGGCCAUCGACCAGUACCGAGUAUGCCAGGAGGUGUUGGAGAGAUCUCGUGAUGUAGUGGAUGAGGUCAGUGUGUCCCUGAGGCUAUGGGACACGUUCGGGGAUCAUCACAAAGACAGACGAUUUGCCUAUGGCAGGUCUGACGUAGUGGUGCUUUGCUUCUCUCUGGCUAAUCCCAAUUCCCUGCGCCACGUACGCACCAUGUGGUUCCCAGAGAUAAAGCACUUUUGUCCACGGACGCCCAUCAUUCUGGUUGGCUGCCAGCUGGACCUGCGCUAUGCCGACCUUGAUGCAGUUAACCGUGCACGGCGACCCCUAGCCAAACCAAUCAAACCUACCGAUAUCCUUCCCCCAGAGAGAGGCCACGAGGUGGCAAAAGAACUUGGGAUUCCCUACUACGAGACCAGCAUUGUUGCCCAGUUUGGAGUCAAAGAUGUUUUUGACAAUGCCAUCCGAGCCGCACUGAUCUCCCGUCGUCACCUGCAGUUCUGGAAGUCUCACCUGAAGAAGGUCCAGAGGCCCCUUCUCCAGGCGCCCUUCCUGCCUCCUCGCCCGCCUCGCCCCAUAGUGGGCAUUCCAGACCCGCCUCCCACAGACGGCGAGGGCCCUGAUUCCCUUUUCUGCCAGCCACUGUGUACAGAUGUUCUUUUCCUUCUGCAGGGCGGUGCCACUCGCGUAUUUGCACACAAAGUAUAUCUGGCAACUUCCUGCUCCAAGUUCUAUGACCUCUUCACCCUUGAUCUUGGUGGAUCAUGCAUGAUGCCAUGGGGGGAGGAGCAGGAGAGCAAUGAAACCUUGGAGAGUGGGGAGGAGGAUGAGCAGAGCAGGAGAGGAGCCAAGGAGCAAGCUGGGCGCACUAAGAGCCUGGACAUUGACAAAGACGGAGUAGAUGGAGGAGUGCGGGGCCUAAAUCGACCCCAGCUGCUCCAGCAGGGUUCUUUGAGGACUUCCCAGAGUGAUAAUGCGCUCCCCUCUCGAGCCCACUACUCCAUGGGAGCACUGGGGACUGGUCGAGCACUUUCCGGAUGGGGAAGGGGGUUCCUGAGUGUGUGUCUGGAGCAUGUUGAUGAUCCCAUGACGGGACGACCACGACUCAUGACUAUGGUAGUCAUGGAUGCCCUUAUUCAGGAAGAACCAUUCAAGGCCGUGCUUCAGUACCUGUACACGGGCAGUCUGGACGAGGGCCGAGGGGAUCUGAUGCAGGUGGCCACCAUCGCAGAGCUGCUUGAGGUGUUUGACCUGCGGAUGAUGGUGGCCAACGUUCUCAACAGAGAGAGCUUCAUGAACCAGGAGAUCACCAAGGCUUUCCACGUCCGCAGAGCCAACCGCAUCAAGGAGUCACUCAAUAAAGGCACCUUUGCUGAUGUCGUGUUUCGACUGGACGAUGGCUGCCUCCCGGCCCACAAGCCCCUGCUCAUCUCCAGCUGCAGCUGGAUGGCUGCCAUGUUCCGAGGCUCUUUCAUGGAAAGCUACAUUGAGGAGGUAUCCAUUCCUAACACCAGUGCAGCCUGUAUGCGGGGGGUGUUGGAGUUCCUGUACUGCGGUCUGCUGACACCCUGUCCUGGUCUGGAGCCCAUAGAACUUAUUAUUCUCGCCAACCGUCUGUGUUUGCCUCGCCUAGUCGCCCUCACAGAACAGCAUGCUGUGGAUGAGCUUCUCCACAUGGCAGCGAAAGGAGGUGACGUUGAUGGACAAGUGUUGGCUUACCUCGAGCUUGCACAGUUCCACAAUGCCAAGCAACUAUCAGCUUGGUGUCUCCAUCACAUCUGCACUAAUUACAAUAGCAUCUGCCGCAAGUUUCCCAAAGACAUGAAGGUCAUGUCUCCAGAAAACCAGAAGCACUUUGAGAAGCAGCGCUGGCCUCCUGUGUGGUUCCUGAAGGAGGAGGACCGCUAUCUGCGCUCUCAGAAGGAGCGCGAGCGUGAAGAGGAGAUCUUGCGCAAGCAGCACACCAAACGGGGCUGGUGUUUCUGGAGGCAUCCAUCCUCCUCUCCUCAUGUCUCCUAAAGGGUUUCCUCCACUAACAUCUUCAUCCAGACCUGGUUCAUCCUACCCGGGAUAACUAACCCGCCCCCCCCUCCCCCCAAACGCGUGCAGAAGACAUUGAACCCUCUAUCAGUAGAUAAAUGACUCUCAGUGCUACUAUGCCUGAGUGUCAGCAUGUUUGAGGGAAUGUAUGUGCCUCUUUAUAAUUGUGGGUGACUUCAUGAGUGCAUUUUGGAAUGCUUCUGUGACAAGUGUGGACUUAGCUGAAGGUUUAUGUGCAUGGAUGUGUGAGGGUAUGUUUGCGGUUGGCAUGACUGAGUGAUGCUUCCGAGUUGAGUGCUUCGCAGACACCCUGAUCUAUAAGGUCCUGCAGCGUUGCAGUGCAGCCCCUCGUCCCCUCCACGAGAGCUCUGUCCCUCCACCAGCACUCACAGUGUCCAAGCCUUUGAGUGAUUGGACUGGAAGCAAGGGCUCUCUAUUUCUCUCAGUCUCCUUCCUUCACAUUGACCUUAAUGACUAUUACUCAUUGACCACUGCAGCUCCUCUCGGGGAGCUUACCUCUGCCUUCACAUCUAUGUAGACUGUUAGUUUGCACACACAGACUGGUGCAAAAUACCCACCCCUCUAAAACCAGCACUGGAUUCCCAGCAACUGACACUUAGCAAUGUAAUUAUUAUUAUUUUGAUAUUAUUUGAACUUUUUACAUGUUUUUGCUUAUCAGGGGCAAUGGAGCACACUACUCCCAGGAAGUGUUGAGAACCUUGAUUGCCAUUGCAACAAUGGGACUGUUCCAGAGCCCAGGUUUGGGUGCAAGGGCAAACCUUAAAAUCGUUAGCAAGGUGGGAUGCUCCAGUCAGGAGGCUUGAUCAUUGCCAUUAGCUUCCAGGAUAGUACUGAAGUGGUCCUUGGUGUCGUUCAUCCACCCCUGCACCUCCAGCCCCUCCACCUGCACGCCAGACGUGCAAAAAACAGCAAAACACAAGCUCUCCUUGAGUUGGAUUCACCAAUCUGCACCUCAGAGACAUUCAAAGUGACCACUCUAUAGCAAUGAUGGUUGUAAAGAGGGCUAGCCUUACUUGAUACCUCUGCCAUUGAGGAUGAUGGAUGCAGUAUUAAACAAAUGCGCUUGUUACGUCUAUGACCAUUUGGUUGCAUCAAAGCACCUCAGCCAGCCUGCCUUUACACCCCUACACCACUAGGGGUAGCUCUGCUCAGGGCCCUGGCAUCAACCUUCACACUAACUAACAUCGGUUUUUGUGCCUGUGAUUGUUUCACUCUAGUUUCAGUUAUUAAGAUCAGUAUAACUUAAAUCCUUGCAGUGUUAAGAGAAAGCUAAAGCACAGUGUUUUUAGUGCAGUCUGGAUACCAAAGCUGUGAUUCUUUUGACCUCUUUCUUCCUCCCGUUCUUCAUUUCUGCUUCCCUGCUCCUUUUACUGGCAAGAGUGGAUGGAAGAGAAAAGAGAAAGUGACUCAUGAGAGAAGGAGGCAGUAUGGUAUGGUAUUAGAAUCCCUUCUCGUGGUGGUAAAACUGCUGUCACUGCUGGACAUUGCCUUCCAUUCCUCUUGCUGGAAUUGAAAAUGGUGCUUAAGUCACAAUGAGACAGUGUCCACAUGAACACACAGACACACUAGCUACUUUAUGUUCACAGUUAAGCAUCUGUCUAGUUGUUUUGGUGUUUACCUGCAAUGAACAAGCAGAAUAUUGAUGGUAUUUUCGAAUUUUUCCUCCGUAUUAAAGAAACAGUCUGUCAGAGGUAAUAGGUCACUGAUUUUAGCGUGUGUAGAAUUCUGCCUUUACAUACAGCGGUUCCAACUUGUAAUGUCUUUAACUGCUUUUGAAUUCAAAAACAGUGCAUUUUGUUAUGCCUCCUUGUUAACCAGGAAGAUAAUAUUUCUUUAGAUUAAAUUUGAAGUCGUGAGGGUUGUCUCAAAGGAAAUGCAUUUGAGAGCAAAUCUGAUUUUCUUGUUAAGGGUGCUAAUUUAUUUAGGCUUUAGCACUGAAUGGGAAAACAAGUCAUUGUGGUGAUGAGUUUCUAUUAACACAUCAUUCUAUUUGUGGGUUUGCGCCCCUCAGCUUCACACAGACUGCACCAUAGUAGAUAAAUGAAGGGUGUGAGACAUGUGGUGGGUUCUGCCGUUCUCAAUUGGAGGCGUGUUAAAAUCAUUGUGGGCGACCAAAAUAGAAGUCAGACAGGAUAUCACGAGACCCAAGUGAGAAUUGAGCUGAAAGUGGAGUACAAGUUUCAAUCAGCAUUAAAUGCAACCUACAUAAUUUGGAAUUACUCCAGUAAUAAUUAAAACUCAUCCCAGUGCAGUGCUUUGGGAAUUUAGAAACGAGACCCAAAGAGGGAAAAAGUCGGGGGACAGUUUUUGAUGGACUUCCAUGGCCUCUUUUUGGUUCCCCAUAGAAGGGAUGGUGAUUAGAUUUGUCUUAUUGAUGGAUGUUAUGACCCAUUAAGCCUCUCCUCUUGGUCUGUGUGCCUUAUAGUUGGAUAAAACUAAAAACUAGACUGGGAUUUUAGCAACAUAUUAGUUCAAACAUGCAGACAGGUUCUGCAGUGGUGGACAUGAUGGAUACAGUAAAAACGGCCAUGAUGGUGUUAGAAUUGAUUGGUUGGUUGCUUUAUGCACUCUCAGACAUUAUCCUUCUUGAGGCGAUUUUUGAGCCAACUGGAGUCAUGCCUGUUGAGAAUUAAAGGGCCUGCUGCUUGUUUUUAUGCAGACAAACACACUUAAAUUAAACUCUGUGUAGAGUCUAGUACAGCAGGUUGGUCAAACCCAAUGGCCUUUGAUCAGUAUGUUUUCCUAUACUGGUAAAUAUUUAAACGUAGAUGGACUGUCCACUGACCAGAUGAUUGACAGCUAGAAUUUAAAUUGAGUAGCAGGUUGAUUCCUGUAUAGAAACUUUAAAACCAUUGACUUUGAGAAAGCAAAGCUUUUUAAUGAGCACUGGCUGGCCUGCGUGCUGGGGGAGUGCAACCAGUUUUGUAAUGUGGUUAAUUUGCAUGGUGGCCUAACUUUGUCAUUAUAAUGACACUUGGUGUUGGAAUGCACUUUCUUCCUUUUUUUUGUCUAUUACUAUACCUUUCUGUGCUUAGCAUGAAUUGUUCCUUAUGUAAGAUUAUUUUUAAACAUGAUGAUUGUAGCAUGAUAUUUCCACUUCUCCUUCAGUCUCUCAGAAUUUCCCACAACCUCCUCGGUGAGGUUAACGUCUAGCUGGCAAUGAACCACAACGUAGCCCUCUUCGUGCUUUGUGGCUUUAUGCAGAAUUUUUACUUAGUAUGCUCAGCACAGCUCAAGGUAGCAUCACUAAUUAUACAUAAUAAAAUAACAUGCUGGGACAUUUUCUUAAAAAACUAAUGCAGAGGAUCUGUUUCUGCCGUGAAGAAGUCUGUUCAACUGUUAUGGUAGUUAUUACAAUCAAUUUUAUUCUUGUGAAUUGUAAGAUAUUGAGCAUGAAACUGAAAAUCAUAAAAAGCUAAAUUUCAAUAUACAUCAUAUAUCUAAGAAUUGUAAUGCACAUAUUUAAAGAAUGUCCUUCAUGGCUGAAAACCAAGUGUAAUGUUGGGUGACGCUACAAUCUUUGAUAUUUUAACUGCCAGUUCACGACAACUUGAGUAUUCGCUAAUCAUCGGUGUAAAUACAGAAUUGUGGGUAAAGAAAUUGAGUCAUAGGCCAGAAAAGUUUGAGAAACCCGAUACAGAGAGGGAGAGACGGAGAUGCAAAUUUAUAAACCUUGUUAGCUUUAAUCAGUCCUCAAUAUUUGCUCCACACUGACCCCUGCAGGCCAAAGUCACAUUCUGAUGUAGGGUUGUGUUAUUCAUCUGGAUUGUCUUGAUCUACCUUAACACAUCCUUUUUACUGCAACAUUCUCCUCAUUUAUCUUAGGUGGAGCUUUUUCUUCCUUCUUAGCAGGCCUGACCUUCCUUUUUGAAUGUGAGGCCUAGUGACCGAGAGACAACCUUGUUUUUAGUCGUAGGUGUCUCCUUUCCUGUGCCUUCAGUGAAAUCACACGCUUUUGGCUCUGCAUAGUCUGGAGGCACUACACCUGCCGCCUUCUGGGCUGACAAUAAAGUUGAUUAAGCCAAGAAAUAUACACAAAUGUGAGCACAGGUAUAAAAUUAGGCAGCUUUCUUUAAUGUACAGUAUCUUAGCAUAGUUACUGCCUAUUUGGGUCACAGUGCUAACUUCCAAUGAUAACACAGAUAUGGAGCUUUACAUGUCCAGUAUGUAAUAUAAUCUAUGCUAAAGCAUCUUCAAUUAUGAAAUGACCAAGAAACCCAGCAAACCAGCAGUUUAGAAAAAAAGUAUUUUGCACUCUUUCAGGUGCCUGCACUUUCUAUGAUGUAGCCUAAUACAACUUUUUUAAUAAGUACGUUAAGUCUUUAUAAUUACCAGUUUUCUCGAUCAAAAUUCAAAUAUCUUUUCCAUUUUUUCGUGAUCUGUCUCUCUCUAAGCAAAAUUCAAUAGAAUACCCUAUUGCUUCCACUAUUUAGCUGCAAUGUUCUAUGUUGCAAUCAUGCAUGAAGUCAGUGUAUUCCAAGUUGUGGAACAGCAUCUGUGGACUUCUGGUUGGAUUAAAGGCAGAUAUUAGCUGUGACAACUAUAUAUAUUACGCUUUAAUGAAUAUAGUUGUUAUCUAAAGUACAGUUGUAAAUCACCAUACCGUUAUUACAGUUUUUACUAAGCUGGUGUAUACAUAGGAUUGAAUGCACGGAGAGGCCCAGAACAGGAAGAGAGUUUGUAUAGACAUACAUGGUGUGACUAACCCCUGGUCUAUACUGUCAUAUUUAAGGAUCGUAUUGGAUCGUAUAUACUGUAUAAUAUUGUUAUGCACUUUUGUUUCCAUUGACUCAUGAGUUUUUAUUAACAUUUAGUGCUCAUGUUAUCGUGUGUAUUAAAAUAAAAGGCAAAAGAAAGAGCACACCACACUCACAAACUAUUAAGGGCUUUCAAGAAAAUAUACAACAAUCAGAAUGUUUUGCUGCUUUUGCAAAAAAAUGUUUUGGAACUAAAACUUUGUAAUAUUUUUGAACCACUGUGAUUUGUACAAAAUUAAGAAAAAAAUGUAGAAAAAAGUGUUUUUUUCCUUUUUUUGCCAUUUCAGUAUUUUGAUGUUUGACAUGGAUUUUAAUAAAACUGUUAAUCUUUUGAA